GUUUUCUUCUCUGUGCCUCCUCAAUCUUCUGGGUACGGAGUGGUGUUGAUUGCGCUGGGGGAGAUGCAUCAUCUGUGGAUUGUCCUGACUGGGCUUGUCUUGUGGAGUUGCAGCACAGCACUGUCAGCUAGAACAGGCAAGAACAGACAGCGAUCGAAAGCAAAGGAUGAACCUGUGGGCCCCCGGGAGCAUGCUGGAGCGGAUGAAGCCAAUGAAAGGGAGCCUGAAGGGGCUUCAGGGACAGAUUUCUUGGCUGAUUUUGCUGGAAAAAAGCGUUUAUGGGUGAUCACCGCCCCGUCCUACAGCGAUAACUACUUGCGCAUGAUGCAGCAACAGAUCCAGGAGUCCGAGGGGCUGAACUGUCGACUAGCUGAAAGGGACACCCUCAUUGUGACCAUCAUUCAGAACGCCAUGAUGGAGGGCAAAAUCCGACACACGACCAUGCAGGGGCAGGCCACAGAGGAAGCCAUGGACCCAGACAUGGUGACCAAACUGCUCCAUUACUUGGAGGUAGAACACCAAACCUUCUCCAUGUUGAUCCUGAAGAAGAACCUGAAGGUCAGUGAGAGGUUUCCUUACCCGGUGCGCGUUGAGGCCGUUUUGGAAGUCAUUGAUCAGCUCCCCGUACGCAAGCUAGAAAAGAUCACCAGGAAGGGGUUAGUUCAGAGAUGCAAGAUCACUAAGAAGCGGUUAGUGGUGAAGAUGUCAAAUCCUAACAAGAGAAGGCUCUUCAGUUCCCAGAAGCAAGGCAAUGUCACAUCCGUUGUGCCUUCACCACAACAAGCUGCAGACAAAAAAGCAGUAAUCAGAGACAAAGUUAAGGACAUCCUCAGUGGACGCUUCAGAUUUGUCAUCCGUAAAAAGCCAGAGAGCUCCAGUGGAGGCAAGUCAUCCAAUGCAACAAAAUCCUCUGCAAAUGAGGAGGUGAAGGAGCCUGAGAGCCAAAAAGAGAGCACAGAAGGUCCGGAUAAAGUGGGGAAUAAACGUGACUCUGCAUCUAAAGUGGAUAAAGGAAAUGACAAAGUGAGCUCAGGAGUGUUCACGGUAGAUGAGGACAGCAAAGGAGAGCAAAAAGUUGAGAAUUCAAAAUCCAAAAAGAAAGGCAAGGGAAAGAAGAAGAAGGGGAAAAGAGGAGGGAAGGCAUCACAACGAGACAGUAAAGACAAGGCAGCGCUCAAAGAGUUUAUAGAAAAACUAAAAGGCAAAAGAAGACUUCUUGUCAUUUCUUCCCCCAGUGAUGUCUCGAGUCAGUAUAUUCAACAGAGGGAUGAAAAUGAGCUACACAGCUGUGACUUUGCCCUGCGGAAGGUUACGGUGCUGGCUAUCCUGGGUUCAGAGCACAACCCCACAUUGCGCCUGCAGCACUAUCAGCAAGAUGGAGAUCCACAACUGGCUUCACUGCCGGACAACUUUAAAAAUCCUGACUUAAUCAGCCAGAUCCGUAAGGAAUAUGGGCUGGUUUCCAGGCAAUACUCCAUGGUGGUGACUGAUUAUGACAUGAAGCCUAACCUCCAGAAGGUGUUUGACUUGCCCACAGCCCCAUCAAACAUUAUAAAUUACAUCGAUAACCUCCAGUCACGGCAGCUGGAGAAAGAGCAGGAGAAGAAAGCUCCUUCACCCUGCGCACCGUCUGAGAAAAACACUGAGGCAGAGAACUCACUUCUCAGGUUCACGUCCCAAAGAAGACUUUUAAUCAUCUCCGCCCCCACUGAGGAGGACUACUCUCUUCAUCAGCAGCUUCAAGGUCUUAAUGGACAGGAGUGCCCAAUGGGUAUCCGUCAUUUUGCUUUGUUGAAAUUGGUGGGAAAAGGUCCUGCAGCUUCAGGCACCGUUGAGCUGUUUCCACUAAAUGGCAGAAGCCAGACUGAAAGGGAACAACUUUCUCAGGAUGUAGUGAAGAAUUUGAGAGAUCAGCUGAAGAUCAACAGGGACUACUUCAGUAUGCUCGUCGUGGGUAAGGAUGGUGAUGUCAAAGCAUGGUUUCCCUCCCCGGUGUGGUCCAUGGAUAAUAUCUAUGACCUAGUGGACUCCAUGGAGUUACGUCAACAAGAAGAAAAGCUGCAACACACCCUUGGCAUUCACUGUCCAGAAGACAGUGGUGGUGGUGGAGGAGGUGGCAGUUUCCUUGGAUAUCCAGAAGAGACUGAGGACAGCUAUCUGUACCGUCGAUCAGAGGACUAAAUGCAGUUUUCACGCAAACACAUAUAAAAGCAUGCAGCUCAUAGAAAAAACUAUGAGAAAAAGUAUCUGAAUCACUUGGAAUGAUCUGAUUUCUGUUUUAAAAGCUUCUUAAAUGUGAUCUAAGUCAUAAUUAAUAAAGACAGUCUUAGUUAACAGAUAACUGUGGCUUACGCCCAUCCCCUGAGCCCCGAUGACGGCCACGAGACCCGGCAGGAAGCCGGGGGCCCGAACUCUGAGCCCAAUCAAAACCCCACGAAGAUAGCAGGGAGAGGAUAAGAUCUACGAGGGAGUAGGGAGUGGCACACAAGCCCCAAGCCCCAUUCCCUGGGCAUCGCCUCCGGUCCCGCGGCUGUCAUUGGGGCCCAGGGGACGUCCGCGUGCCACAAUAACAUUCACAACAUUGCAUAUCUUUAUGUUUUCAACAGCCAAAGUUAUUGAUAGAAAGCCUGUGACCAUGUAUUUAGUAACCUGAGCCUUCUUUAUUGCCAGUAACCACAAGCAACCGCUUUCUAAAACUGCUGAUCAGCUGUUUCAGUUCAUAUAUAUUUUGGGAUGUCUUUCUUGAACAGUGAAAAUGUGGAAUUCCUUCUGUUCAAGCCACUUUAGAUUUGAUUUAUUUCUAUGUUUUGGACCUGCAUGACCCGGCUUCUUUUGAGGUUUUGAUCACCUGACAGCCUGCUGCAGAAUUUCUUUGCAGUUCAUUUGUCCUUCACUGACUGCGAGCUAUUCAGACCUUGAGGCACUAAAAGAACCCCAUUAGAACUCCGUGCUCCACCCAUCCAGCUUCAUAACAGAGAUGAGGUGUUGAAGUUCAUGUGUAGUGUUUUGUUUUUUCCAAACGACACUGAUUUUUAGAGCUUGGCCUUCAGUUCGGGGAUGAUUAUCGAAAAGCCCUUUUACAAUAAUGCCAAUUUUCAUGACUGUUCUAAAUUAAACAUGCAUAUUUGAAGCUUGUUAAAGACAUUGUAUACUUUUCUCUGAAGCUUGCAGCACAAAAUGCUAUUUAUUUUCCUCUUAAUCUGGUUAGACUGUAGCUGGAAGGCCUAGAGUCACAUUUUUUCUCAUGAAAUUGAUCUCAGCCACUGAAAACUAACACAUGAUUGGCUGAUUCCUGUGCCACAUCAUAAUUAUGUUGCUGGUUAAUCUAACAUGUAUGACCUGCUGUCCAGCUCCUGAUGGCCUAAACAAUGGGAACGCUAUCUUAGCUGUUAGCUUAGCCCAAAAGUCACAUGGAAAACCUGGAAAGAACAAUUUUGCAUAUUUACAUUGGCCUUUUCAAGCUCUUACACCUUUUAUUUCCAAAAAAUGAAAUAAGAGUAUUACUGCAAUACCUACAGAGUUUAAGUACAACAGUUUAAUGACGGUAUUGUAGCAUCAGCAGACAAAACCCAGAGUCUUGAUAUUUUUUCCCUUCAGAAAAAGCUCUUUAUCAAGACAGCAGGCAGAGAAGGGAAGUAACACAUGGGGGAACUGAGGGGAAGGUCAUCAGCAGCAAAGCACCACACAAAGUGGUCAAACACACUAGCUAACCCUGUAUGAUAAACCCAAGCCAAAACAUGCACCACAUUCAACGGCAAAACAACAUAUGGUGCCUUAAAUUUAAGCAAAUAUGGCUGCGGAGAGACGCACAGCAUUCUGGGUGUGCUGUACAUGCUCCUCUCCACUCUUCCACUUGGCCCAAACCUUAAGUCAAGUGCCACAUUACCAAAUAAAAAAGAUCUUUUUGUUCAUUUCUGGAUAUCAUUAAGCCUUCUCAGAUGACCCAGAUGGCCCUGAGGGUUCCCCACUGUAACAUGUAAGGUGUGUAUGCAGGUCCUCAGCUGUCCGUAAAGAUAUGGAACUGUAAUAUGCUGUAUAAGUUGUAAAUAAAACUCAUAAUUAAGA